GCGUUCUGUUGACUUCUCCAUUUUUGCGUCCUCUGUCGCCCUUCCCCUGCUACCCUACGGAGCGAGUUGUGUUUUGGGGUUUUUUUGCUUUUUAAAUCUUCGACGCUAUUGGGACCCGGAAGCGGAAAGGGAUACCGGGCGGUCGGUACUUCCGGGUCACAGAGAGUGCGGGAUUCCGGGCCGAGCGCGGGUGGCGGAGCUGGGACCUCGCGUGAUUCUCGGAGCCCGACGGGAAGCGGCGUCCAGGGCUAUGGCUGUGACUCUGGACAAAGACGCGUACUACCGGCGAGUUAAGAGACUGUACAGUAACUGGCGGAAAGGAGAAGAUGAGUAUGCCAGUAUUGAUGCCAUUGUUGUAUCGGUGGGUGUUGAUGAAGAAAUUGUGUAUGCCAAGUCAACUGCCUUACAGACAUGGCUAUUUGGUUAUGAACUAACUGAUACAAUCAUGGUCUUCUGUGAUGACAAAAUCAUCUUCAUGGCCAGCAAAAAGAAGGUGGAGUUUCUGAAACAGAUUGCCAAUACUAAAGGCAAUGAGAAUGCUAAUGGAGCCCCUGCCAUCACGCUGCUUGUCAGAGAGAAGAAUGAAAGUAAUAAGAGCAGCUUUGACAAAAUGAUUGAAGCCAUAAAAGAAAGCAAGAAUGGCAAGAAAAUUGGAGUGUUCAGCAAAGACAAGUUCCCUGGAGAAUUCAUGAAGAGCUGGAGUGACUGUCUCAACGAGGAGGGCUUUGACAAAGUAGACAUCAGCGCUGUUGUGGCAUACACCAUUGCUGUGAAAGAGGAUGGUAAGCUCAACCUGAUGAAGAAAGCAGCCAGCUUCACCUCUGAGGUCUUCAACAAGUUCUUCAAGGAGAGAGUCAUGGAAAUAGUGGAUGCAGAUGAGUGUUACUGUAUUCCUAUGUACUCUGAAGUUCAGCAUAGCAAAUUGGCUGAGUCUGUGGAAAAGGCCAUGGAACAGAAAAAAUACCUAGCCGGUGCAGAUCCUCCUACUGGGGAAAUGUGUUACCCUCCUAUCAUUCAGAGUGGUGGCAACUAUAAUCUCAAAUUCAGUGUGAUGAGUGAUAAAAAUCAUAUGCAUUUUGGGGCCAUUACUUGCGCCAUGGGCAUUCACUUUAAAUCUUACUGCUCCAACCUUGUUCGCCCUCUGAUGGUUGACCCCACUCAGGAAGUUCAAGAAAAUUACAACUUUUUACUUCAACUUCAAGAGGAGUUGCUAAAGGAAUUAAGACAUGGUGUGAAGAUAUGUGAUGUGUAUAAUUCUGUCAUGGAUGUGGUUAAGAAGCAGAAGCCAGAAUUACUGAACAAAAUUACAAAGAACCUAGGAUUUGGGGUGGGAAUUGAAUUCCGUGAAGGCUCUCUAGUGAUCAAUAGUAAAAAUCAGUACAAGCUAAAGAAAGGGAUGGUUUUUAGCAUCAACCUAGGAUUUUCAGACCUGACUAACAAAGAAGGGAAAAAACCAGAAGAGAAAACCUAUAAAACCUAUGCCCUGUUCAUUGGUGACACGGUGCUUGUAGAUGAGGAUGGUCCAGCCACUGUUCUUACUUCUGUGAAAAAGAAAGUAAAGAAUGUGGGGAUUUUCCUGAAGAAUGAGGAUGAUGAAGAGGAGGAGGAAGAGAAAGAUGAAGCAGAGGACCUUUUGGGAAGAGUCAACUUCUAUUGUCCAGGCAGUGCUCUGGGCAGGAAUGAGGGCAACAUCUUUCCUAACCCUGAAGCUACUUUUGUCAAGGAAAUUACAUAUCGAGCUUCAAAUAUGAAAGCACCCGGAGAGCAAACCGUACCUGCCUUAAAUCUUCAGAAUGCUUUCCGAAUUAUAAAAGAAGUACAAAAACGUUACAAGACCAGAGAAGCUGAAGAGAAAGAAAAAGAGGGCAUUGUAAAACAAGACUCCCUGGUGAUCAACCUAAACCGAAGUAAUCCAAAGCUGAAAGAUCUAUACAUUCGUCCAAAUAUUGCCCAAAAGAGAAUGCAAGGCUCACUGGAGGCUCACGUCAAUGGUUUCCGAUUCACGUCUGUUCGAGGAGACAAGGUGGAUAUUCUAUACAAUAAUAUCAAGCAUGCGCUGUUCCAGCCCUGUGAUGGCGAGAUGAUUAUUGUUUUGCACUUUCACCUCAAGAAUGCUAUCAUGUUUGGGAAGAAACGACACACAGAUGUACAGUUCUACACAGAAGUUGGAGAGAUCACUACAGAUUUGGGGAAACAUCAGCACAUGCAUGACCGAGAUGACCUAUAUGCUGAGCAGAUGGAACGAGAAAUGAGACACAAACUGAAAACAGCCUUUAAAAAUUUCAUUGAAAAAGUAGAGGCUCUAACAAAGGAGGAGCUGGAGUUUGAAGUACCAUUUAGGGAUCUUGGGUUUAAUGGGGCUCCCUACAGGAGUACCUGCCUCCUUCAGCCUACUAGUAGUGCUCUGGUAAAUGCUACAGAGUGGCCACCCUUUGUGGUGACACUGGAUGAAGUGGAGCUGAUCCAUUUUGAGAGGGUUCAAUUUCACCUGAAGAACUUUGAUAUGGUGAUUGUCUACAAGGAUUACAGCAAGAAAGUCACAAUGAUCAAUGCUAUUCCUGUUGCCUCUCUAGACCCCAUCAAGGAGUGGCUAAAUUCCUGUGACCUAAAGUACACAGAAGGAGUUCAGUCCCUCAACUGGACUAAAAUUAUGAAGACCAUUGUUGAUGACCCCGAGGGCUUCUUUGAACAAGGUGGCUGGUCUUUCCUGGAACCUGAGGGUGAGGGGAGUGAUGCUGAGGAUGGAGAUUCUGAGUCUGAAAUUGAAGAUGAGACUUUCAAUCCUUCUGAGGAUGACUAUGAAGAGGAAGAAGAGGAUAGUGAUGAAGAUUAUUCAUCAGAAGCUGAAGAAUCAGACUAUUCUAAGGAAUCUCUGGGAAGUGAAGAAGAAAGUGGGAAGGACUGGGAUGAGCUAGAAGAAGAAGCACGAAAAGCGGACCGUGAAAGCCGUUACGAGGAGGAAGAAGAACAGAGCCGAAGUAUGAGCCGGAAGAGGAAGGCAUCUGUACAUAGUUCAGGCCGUGGCUCUAACCGUGGUUCCAGACACAGCUCUGCACCCCCGAAGAAAAAGAGAAAGUAAUAUGAACCUUGGGUCCUAUGCUCCAUUCUUUAUGCAGACAACUCCUAAAAUGACAUGACAUAGAAACUGUUUUUCCUUUUGGUUUCGUUGAAGUUUUGCCAUUUGUGUUUAUGGGUUUAGGGGCCAUUUGUGUGGACCAAGCUACUCGGGGAAUUCCAGGCCCACCAGGACAUGUGCCAGUGGCCCCAUCAGAUGGCUGGCAAGGGAGGUGGUGUUGAAGGGCAGGAGGCUCCUCCCACUGCUGAUACCAUUUGCUCUUUUCUUCUGACAACUCAACUUACCUUUGGUGUCUCAAAGCUGAAUUACCAAGACAGUGGUAUACACUGACCACUAACUAUUUCUACUAUGAUUCUUUUUUCUUUACUUUUUUAUUUUUCCUGGCUUUUUGAGACAGUCUUGCUCUGCAGCCAUGGCUGACCUUGAAGUCGCUGUAAACCAGGCUAGCCUCAAAUGUGUGAUCCUUUUGCUCUCCCUCCCAAGUGUUAGGGCCACAGGUCUGAGUCACUGUACUUAGCCGAAGCAUAGUUCUGGCCCAGAGUCAGUCCUCCAUCCGUCCCUUUAUCAGUUCCAGACUGAAGUUCUCAAGAAGGUUCUUGGGCUUUGCUGAUGAUUGUGAUAGACAUGACUGAGCUAAAGGCAGAGUGAGCUGGUGUCUGGUCUUAAGUUGUUCUGGUUUUUUGCCUCAUGCACAUUCUGGGGUGGUCUUGCUGCAUUGGAAGACAAACACUGGCACUCCUCCUUACAACAAGUCCAUAUGUGGUACAAUGCUCGAACACAAAUUACCACUGUCUCUUCUGAUACAUCUAAGGAAGAAUGGUCAUGCUUCGUAUACUUCAGGUGAAAUCUAGAGGGAGGCUUAAAGGAAUCAACACGGAUCUCAAAGAGUAAGUCAUGUCUUGGCCUAGAAUAUUUUGACAAGAAGAGAAUCGGGAAGAAGGCCACACCCACAAGGCUGGGCUCUGCUGCUCUUCCCUUCUCUGCAGUGUCCUGUGUUGGUUGCUUCUGAUGAUCAGCUUUGAAAUACUGGGGGGCUCUAUCUUGCCGUCCUCCCCCGCAGGUUCUCUGCAUCCACCUGUCCCACUUCGCCGCCUCUGUUCUGUGACUUUAUGAGAAGGGGCUUCUCAGAUUUUAUGUUUGUUUGUUUUCUCUCCUUAGCAGUAGGACUUGAUAUUUUGAAUUUUGGAAGAACUAAAAGAUAAAUAAACUGGGAUUUUUUUGUUUUGUUUUGUUUUUUUGUAAACUUGUCUUUUAUGACCAUUUCUUUGCAGUUUCUGAAGUCAAGUCUUGCCUACUAAAGUGUUAAGGUGUUAGAAGAAAAUGCCUUUGUCUCCAACUAGUACCAUAAAAGUUCACUGAUGAUUGUAAGCCUCGUCAUUAGUUUGAGAAACAGAUAGCAAGAUAGCACAGGAAACUAGGUUUAUGGCAUAGCAUGUUAUUUUAUAAGACACUUUGACUAUGAUUCCCUCAAAUCAUAGAGUGGAGUAGAACUUGUUCUUUCAUGAAAACAGAUCUUCAGUCAUCUCCUUAUAAAUGCCAUGGAGGGCAGCAGCUGCUUGAAGGGAAACCUUCAGCCUUCCAAUUUGGAUGGCUUGGUUUCCAGGGCUCACAACUGUGGACAAGGGUAAAAAAAACAGUUAGGCAUCAGCAGUGUUGCAUUUUCACAUGUUUGUUUGUGUGUGUGUGUGAGGGUCUCAUUCUGGCCCUGGCUGGCCCAUAACUCACUGUAUAGACCAGGCUGGCCUCCUCAAACUCAAAGAGAUCCUGCUUUCUGCCUCCCAAGUUCUGGGACUAAAGGAGUGUGUGCUGGCACCGCUCAGCUUACCUGGUGUUUGUUAUAUUGGAGCUACUUUCAUAGGAAAGUGAAACCGUUACAGUGUGGUGUACACACAUAAAGAAAAGGGAGGUGCUUUGGAGAUAGAAGCAUGUAAGCCAAAAUAGAAAAGAAUUUUAAAAGAUUUUUAGGGCUAGCCAGAUGGCUCAGUGGGUGAAGAUACUUGCCAACAAGCUGAGGUUGUCAAUCCACAGAAUCUACAUAAUGAAAGGCAAGAAGAAACUAACUCCUAUGGGUUGUCCCCUGACAUUUAUAUGUGUGCAUACAUUACAUCAAAUCUAGACAAGCCUAGAUAUGGUCCAGAAUGAGAUAUAUAAAGCUGCCGGAAGAACUUCAGAGGCAUUUGUCCCAUCAGCUUCACAGAUAAUUGUCAACAAGUUACACAAGUGAGCUAUUUUCUCUAUGAAUAAGUAAAACGUUAUUACUCACUCUCUAGUUCUUGCUCUAGGAUAUCUUUUCCAGAUUGAAAUAUCUGCCACAGUUCAAGGUAUGCAUAGCCUAUAUCUUGACAUUCUUUUUUUUCUUCAUCCAGAGGAUCACUUACCACUGUAAACUUUAAACUGAAAACAUAAAAAUAAAUCCAUUUAACUCA